AUUACAAGAUUCAAAUAUGUUUGCUUGUUAUUGUUUCAAGUGGCUACUAUUUCGGUCAAAGAUAUGAUACAUUUGGCUUUCCAUUAACAUCAGUUCGUUGUUUACGACGUUCGAACUAGAAGAGAGCGUAUUUGCUGUAAACUGUGAGCUAGCGUCUCUAAUUAAGAAAACUGAGAAAUUGAGGUAUAGACCAAAAAACCUUUGCUUGCCAAGGUGACGGUGGACUGGUAGACCGCGCCACAUGCAGAGGUGUUGGAUAAAACCCAAUCAAAAUUGGUUUUGUCAGUCAUGGUUAUUCUAAACCAGCACUGGGACAGUAGUGGGAGCAAGUGAUUUUCAAUUCAUGGGGAAAGACUGUGAUGAAAGAGGGAGGUAGGAAUUGAGGGAGGUAGGGAGGUGAAAUUUGAAUCAUUUCUUGCUUUCUAAUUGAGUGUUAUUUGUUUUUAUUUUAGCUGGACGGCGAGGGCGAUGGCGUCGUCGUCCGCGAAGUAUGUUCAGCGUUUUUUGUUAUCCUUAGGUAGAAGUCAUUAUCUUAAGCAUGACCUGUAAUGCAGGCGUUUUUUUUAGCUGGGCAAGCGCUGCAUAUGUUUUGCCGUGGAAGUCAUGAUGGAGACGAACAAGGACGGUUUUUGACGCUCUCAAUGACCUUUGUUGGCGCCCGCCCGAUCAAAAUGCACUCGCUGGUUAUGAAUACGCCUGCAUUCCAUGUUAUUUCUUGCUUUAUGAGAAUUCAGUCUACACCACUCGUAGAUCAUACAUACGUUCUGCGAGUAGAGAAGAAUUGCGAGACCUUAAUGCAGUACUUGUGAGGAAAUUAAAGGAAAUUGAGAUAUUGGAGUUGUCAAUUUUUAACUAAAAACAUACGAGCUCUCACGUUUCUUACAGACUCUUACAUAUGUAGGGGUCUUUUUCAGAACGUGCGUGCUCUUAGGUUGAUCGUUAUAAUUUUAAGGCUUGAAUUUGUUUGAUAAGUGAAUGGAGCAAACCAGAUAUUUGUCUAUGCUGGAAAUGAAAAGGUUAUUUCGUUGGAGGUGGAUGGAAUUUCUAAUAGGAAAAAUCUCUGCAGGAGUGUCAAGAAGACGAAGGAGAACGCGACGCAGAAGGAGAAGAAGGAGGAGAAGGCGCAGAAGAAGGCGACGAAAACUGAGACGAAGAAAGAGGCGUAGAAGGAGAAGAAGACGACGACAAAGAAAACGACGCAUAAUGGUUGUCCGUUUCCGUGGAAAGCGAUGUCGCGUAAGUAAAAGGCGAAAGUACACUAUUAGAGUAAAGGGUGUAAGAACACGAAUUGCUCGGUUCAGGACGCGGCUAAGAAUGCGCAUUGGAAGAAGAUGGUGUAGAAUAAAGCGAAAAGCUCGCAGAUGGAGAGUACGCAUACGGCGACGAUGGUGCGGCCUAAAGAAACGGGGUCGUCGCUGGUUUUACAAACGACGCCGCAGAUGGAAGCGUCUAAGACGUGUCAGAGUCACGAUUCGCAUCAAGCGCAGACGAUGCCGCGUAAGACGUCGGCGGGGGCGAUGGUUGCUUAAAUACAAGAAGAAAUGGCGAAAAAUUAAACGAAGGACUUUGGGCUUUUUCCGGUUUAAAGGACAGAAGAAGUUCGUGAGGUUGAUUGGACGAAGAAGGAUCGUAUACAAACGAAGAAGAUACCGGAUCAGGACUAAAAUUAUCAGGCGAAGACGACGAUACGGUCGACGUACCAGAAGAAGGAUUAGACGCCGAAAGCGAAGAAGGGGUAGAAGACGAGUCAGGCGAAAAAGACGCAGAAGGCGAAGAAGGAGGCGAAGACGCCGACGCCGACGUCGACGUCGACGACGAAGGCGAAGACGAAGGCGAAGAAAGAGACCAGCACGGAGACGAGGAAGAAGAGGACGGCGGCGAAAAGUGAUCAAGUACCGUGGGAGACGCUGUGUGAUUAGAACGAAGAGAAGAUAUACCAUUCGCAUUGGUAGGAAAAAGAAAGUCAUCCGAAGAUAUAAACGCAAAAUCAGAUUGUUUUUAUUAAGGAAGUACAGAAAAAUAAAGCGAUCCUACCGUGGAUGGCGCGUGCGGAUUAAGAGACGUUGGUGUCGACUGAAGAGACGGAGGAAACGCUGGUUCUAUAAGCGGGGUCGACGUUGGAGAAAGAUAAAGCGCAUCAGGCUGACCUGUCGUAUUGGAGGUAGAAGGCGGCCAGUGAGACUCAGACGAGGGAAAUGGUUUAUACGUUUGAGAAACAGGUGGAAAAAAAUCAAACGCCGCGUUGUAAGGUACAUUAAGUACAGAAGAAAGAUACGCAUUUUGAGAAGAGCAAGAAAGGGCUACCGCGUUCAGAAAAGAAAUGGCAGAUAUGGCAAAGCGAGACGCAUCAGGAUAAAGAUAUACCGGCGUCGUCGUCGAAGACGGUAUCUAAGAGUGAGGGUAGAAAGUCAAGGUUUUGUUGAUAAGAAGCGCGGACGUCCUUUAAUAAGACUGAGCUUCAGAAGCAGUCUUGCCGCGAUCGGGUAUGUUGGUCGUAGAAGACCAUAUUGGAUCAGAUACACGAGUCGCCCACAGAGACAAGGUCCAAGUUACGCAUCAGCUCGCAUCCCACUUGGUAGAGCUGGACGGCGAGGGCGAUGGCGUCGUCGUCCGCGAAGAGUGUCAAGAAGACGAAGGAGAACGCGACGCAGAAGGAGAAGAAGGAGGAGAAGGCGCAGAAGAAGGCGACGAAAACUGAGACGAAGAAAGAGGCGUAGAAGGAGAAGAAGACGACGACAAAGAAAACGACGCAUAAUGGUUGUCCGUUUCCGUGGAAAGCGAUGUCGCGUAAGUAAAAGGCGAAAGUACACUAUUAGAGUAAAGGGUGUAAGAACACGAAUUGCUCGGUUCAGGACGCGGCUAAGAAUGCGCAUUGGAAGAAGAUGGUGUAGAAUAAAGCGAAAAGCUCGCAGAUGGAGAGUACGCAUACGGCGACGAUGGUGCGGCCUAAAGAAACGGGGUCGUCGCUGGUUUUACAAACGACGCCGCAGAUGGAAGCGUCUAAGACGUGUCAGAGUCACGAUUCGCAUCAAGCGCAGACGAUGCCGCGUAAGACGUCGGCGGGGGCGAUGGUUGCUUAAAUACAAGAAGAAAUGGCGAAAAAUUAAACGAAGGACUUUGGGCUUUUUCCGGUUUAAAGGACAGAAGAAGUUCGUGAGGUUGAUUGGACGAAGAAGGAUCGUAUACAAACGAAGAAGAUACCGGAUCAGGACUAAAAUUAUCAGGCGAAGACGACGAUACGGUCGACGUACCAGAAGAAGGAUUAGACGCCGAAAGCGAAGAAGGGGUAGAAGACGAGUCAGGCGAAAAAGACGCAGAAGGCGAAGAAGGAGGCGAAGACGCCGACGCCGACGUCGACGUCGACGACGAAGGCGAAGACGAAGGCGAAGAAAGAGACCAGCACGGAGACGAGGAAGAAGAGGACGGCGGCGAAAAGUGAUCAAGUACCGUGGGAGACGCUGUGUGAUUAGAACGAAGAGAAGAUAUACCAUUCGCAUUGGUAGGAAAAAGAAAGUCAUCCGAAGAUAUAAACGCAAAAUCAGAUUGUUUUUAUUAAAGAAAUACAGAAAAAUUAAGCGACUCCAUCGUCGAUGGCACGUGCGUAUUAAGAGACGUUGGUGUCGACUGAAGAGGCGGAGGAAGCGCUGGUUCUACAAGCGGGGUCGACGUUGGAGAAAGAUAAAGCACAUCAGGCUGACCUGUCGUAUUGGAGGUAAAAGGCGGCGAGUGAGACUCAGACGAGGGAAAUGGCUUAUACGUUCGAGAAACAGGUGGAAAAACAUCAAACGCCGCGUUGUAACGUACAUUAAGUACAGAAAAAAGAUACGCAUUUUGAGAAGAGCAAGAAAGGGCUACCGCGUUCAGAAAAGAAAUGGCAGAUAUGGCAAAGCGAGACGCAUCAGGAUAAAGAUAUACCGGCGUCGUCGUCGAAGACGGUAUCUAAGAGUGAGGGUAGAAAGUCAAGGUUUUGUUGAUAAGAAGCGCGGACGUCCUUUGUAUGGACGCUCGCGGGCCUACAUCAGAGUUAACGGGAGAGAUUUGUUUUAUUUGGAAUCUAAGAUUUGUACUCAGCUGUUUUAUGAGCUCGAGAUUUGUGUAAAGAGGAGACGAUCUCGUACACGACGUCGGAGAAAACGGAGAAGAAGACGGAGGAGAAGAAGACGUAGACGUCGAAGACGCAGAAGAAGGAUACGUAGAAGACGUCGACGAAGACGACGACGGCGACGACGGCGAAUUACUCGGAAGAAACCCAUGGCUCGGUUCAGUUCAAAACGAGAACAUCUUUAUCACUGUAAAAAAACCCUUAAACGGCUGUUCUCACUGCUGUCUCUAUACAUCAACCAUUCCUUUGUUGUUUCUUUUAUAGCGAGACGCCGUUACGUAGUUCGUUUUAAAGGUAGAAAGCGACGUAUACAGUCUCGGCGACGCUGGACAGUGCGAGUCCGAAAACGAAGAUAUACAAUCCCCGCAUUCCGAAAAGGCCGCCUAAGGAUCAGAAUCAGGAAAAAACUUUGGCCCAUCUAUCGCCGAAACAGGAAGUGGUAUAUACGAUACAGACGCGGAAUAUACAGAGUGAGGCGACGCGGCAGAAGGCGCUAUAUCCGAUGGGCAAGAAGGACGAUCUAUUUGAGGUGGAUCUUCAAGAUUCGAUUCAGGGGCGUUAAACGCGUUGUUAGAUGCCGCGGAAGAAGAUGGAGAAUGCGAUACGGCCGUAAAUGGAGACGAAUCAGGAAGCGAAGGACUCGAUUUUUAAGGGUUGGACGUCGAAAAUACCUGAUCCGGAGACGAGGAAAGAAAUACAAAUUACUAUCAGGAAGAAAAUGGAGGAAUAUAAGAGUUUUGAGAAGACGGCGGCGAAGGAGAUGGCGUAGACCGAGACGCGUUCGUAAAGUACGUUUUGGAGGUAAAUACCGACGUAUAAAGACUCGUCGACGUUGGGUAGUACGCUAUCGAAGACGAAAAUAUCAAAUCCGCGGCUUCCGGCGUGGCAGACUCACAAUCAGAGUUCUGAAAAGACCUCGACCAAUAAUGCGCUACGGUAGGUACUGGUAUAUACGUUUCGGACGCCGAAAAAUACGAGUGAAGCGACGAGGUAGAAGGCGCUAUAUUAUAUGGAAUAGAAAGACGAUCUAUUUGAGGUGGAUCUUCAAGAUUCGAUUCAAGGGUGUCCGACGCGUUGUGAGAUGCCGAAGAAGAAAGUGGAGCAUGCGAUACGGCCGUAGGUGGAGACGAAUCGUAAAACGUAAAGUUCUUUUCGUAAAAAAAGGACGUCGAAGAUACCCAAUCUGGAAACGAAGAAAUGUAUACAGAGUCAGAGUCGGAAAGAAAUGGAAGAGAGUAAGAGCAAAAAGCCGACGAAGAAGGCGCAGACGGCGGGGACGAAGACGUGGCCGGCGAUCCAGGAUCCGUAGACGGCGAAGAAGAAGGAGACGACUUCGUAGACGCAGGAGGCGACGAAGGAGAAGGCGACGAAGGCGACGAAGAAGGAUUAUUAGAAGACGUAAAAGGAAGCAACGAAGAAGACGAAAACGAGUUGUUAAGUUACGCUUCCGCCGCCGUUACCGUCGUGUAAUAUCUCGCCGACGAUAUACGAUCCGAUACAAGAGAAAGCGAAUAACAAUCCCCCGAUUCAAACGCCGCAGGUUUAGGAUCAAACUGUUCAAGCGAUAUAGACCCAUUUAUCGAAGGCGUAGACAAUGGUAUGUAAAGAUAGGACGAAAACCUGUUCGAGUUGUACGUCGCCGCGGACGGCGCUAUAUUCGUUGGAGAAGACGAUGGGUGCCACUGAGGUGGAGACUCCGAUUCCGUUUCAAAGGCGUCACACGAGUUGUGAGGUGUCGUGGAAGGCGUUGGCGCAUGCGAAUAGGAAGGAAAUGGAGACGAAUCACGAAGCGCAGAAGGCGCUACAUAAGAGUGGGUCGACGAAAAUACCGCGUGAGAAGAGGAAGAAGGGGAAGAGGAUAUCGGAUCAGAGUAUACAAGAGAUGGAAGAGAGUCAGGAGAGUUAAAAGAAGGCGUAGAAGACGCACUCGAAGAAGACCGCGUUGGUAUAAGCGUAUGAAAAGGAGAAGGCGACGAAGAAGACGACGACGACGUCGAAGACGUCGCAAUCGACGAAGAAGGCGAAGAAGGACACGUAGAAGACGGCGACGCAGAAGACGAAGGCGAAGAAGAAGAAAGAGAAAAACCAGGCGCACAAGAGGCUGGAGACGAAGAGGAAUCCGUUUCAAGGGACGCGUACGUGUUUUAAGACGUUGGAGGAGUCGAUUUGUUAUUAAAGUGAAAGGAAUAAGAUACAGAAUCCGCCGAGGUGGAAGAAGAAUGAGGAUCAAGUAUGGUGGAAGAUUUAGACCCCUGAAACGUAUCCGAAACAUCUGGUAUGUCUACAUUGGAACAUGGCAACGUAUCUAUCGCCGCGGACGGCAGUGGACGAUACGCAGAAACAAACGUUACAUCCGCCUGCCUAGGACUUCGCGCACUUUCAGAAUCCGUUUCCGAGGGAAGUGGCGACCGUUUAAGUGUAUUAGACGAAGAUACUCUAUCUACUUUAAACGACGCUGGUUGCGCGUGAAACGACGUCCCCGGUAUACCAUCCGAUACCGCAGUAAGCGAUUGGUGGUAAAGAGGAAAGGUAGACGUUUCAGAGUGCGAUAUCGAGGUCGAUACGGUAGACCCAAAAGAGCAAGGAGGAGAAGAACGAGAAGGAAGAGGCGGCGAGUGAGAAGGCGAAGACGAAGACGAAGAAGGAGAAGAAGGAGAAGAAGAAGGUAUGGAUUAAGAAGAAGAGGAAGAAGGAGAAGGAGAAGAGGAAGAAAGUAUGGAUUAAGAAGAAGAGGAAGAAGGGGGAGAAGAGGAAGAAGGUACGGAUUAAGAAGAAGAGGACGACGGCGACGUAGAAGAAGACGAAGACGGAGACCUCGUCGAGUGAGGCGACGAAGAAGAAGACGAAGGAGAAUACUUCGUCGACGAAGACCUAGCAAAAGAGUCUAUUUCAAAGGACGUUACCGACGCUUGAGAAAAGGAGGGAGAACAUGGUACCUGACGAUUCACAGAAAGAGAUACAAACUAAACAGAAACGGGCGACAUGUGAAAAUAUACUACAUGAAACGAUGGCGUCGAGCUAAAAAACAACGCGGAAGUUGGUUCAUCCGGUUUGGAAGCAAAUGGAAACCUAUUGUGAAGCGUAGAGGUCGCUGGUAUUUAAAAUAUCGACGACGGUUGCAACGUCUGCGAGUCAAGGCGAACCUGUUGAUGAUUAAGUUCAGACGAGUCUGGGCGCGUAUGAUGAUGAUGAAGAGACGGCUGUACAUGAUGCUAGGGCGCAAGUGGAAGCCGGUUAUUCGUCGCCGAAAAUAUCGCAUAAGAUAUCACGGUCGUUUCCUGCGAGUAAGGAGAAGGCGAAGGACGGUCCGGGUAAGAUACCAUGGCCACUGGACUCGCAGAAGGAAAAUAAAAACGAGAAGACCGCGUCGAAUGUCGAGAAGGCGUCGAAGACGAAUACGAAGAAGGAGAAGAAGACGAGCAAGGAGACGACGACGCAGAAGAAGACGACGAAGACGACGACGACGACGACGACGUAGAAGAGGUGGAAGACGACGCUGGCGAGGAAGACGUCGAAGGCGAUGGGGAAUGCGACGGCGAAGAGGAUAUGUAAGAGUGAGAGUGGAAAGUCAAGGUUUUGUUGAUAAGAAGCGCGGACGUACUUUGUAUGGACGCUCGCGGGCCUACAUCAGAGUCAACGGAAGAGAUUAUUCUCUACACAGGCGUGGUUUUAACGUUAUCGUUAUCAAGCGCAGGACAGGGCGUGUUGUACAAAGGAGGUCUUUUGACACACAUGGCAGCCGUUAUCAGGCAAAGAGGUUCAAGAGAUUUAUUUACCGCAUCAGACGAGGGUGUAUUGUUGUACUUGCAAUCCAAGACGAGGCGUAUCGGUUUGGUAGAUACUACAAAUAUGUGCUCAAAAGGCUGCACAUCGAUCCACGAAGAAUAAGACUGAGCUUCAGAAGCAGUCUUGCCGCGAUCGGGUAUGUUGGUCGUAGAAGACCAUAUUGGAUCAGAUACAUGAGUCGCCCACAGAGACGAGGUCCAAGUUACGCAUCAGCUCGCAUCCCACUUGGUAGAGGUCGACGGCGCCGAUACGUCAAACUCGGUGGACGUAGAAGGCGCGUCAGAAGAUACCGAAUAUGGACGACCACAGUCAAAGGAAAAGUCUUCAGGAUUCGCCGAAUGAGAAGGCGUUUAUAUGCACGCUUCAAGAGGAAGUAUGUAAGGGUGAAAAGAAAACGUAAAACGUGGAAGCUCCGUGUAAGAAGACGUUGGUGUCGUUUAAGACGUCGAGGACGUUCUUGGAGAUACCGAUACGGGAAGCGUUGGAGACGCCUUGGACGCUUAAGGCUCAGGAUUCGUAUCGGUCGCCGUUAUAAGAAAAUCAAGCGAGUCCGCAGAAGAUGGCGUUUGUUCACUAAGAAAAGAUGGAGGCCUAUGAUGUGUGGCAUACGACGUUUUGUAACUUACAAAAGGAAGAGAGUUUGGCUGAAGAGAAGACGUGGGAAAUGGAAAGCUCGUUUAGGAAAUAGAUGGAGGAAAAUCAAACUUCCCUUUUUCGGUACGCUUCACAUAUCAGGCCCGUUUGGUCUAUCCACGGAUAGUUUGGCUCGACCACGUCUCGCGAAAAUACGAAGCAUGGCUCGACUAAACUCGCCUGAUAUGCCGUUGAUAUUUUUUUUCGUUAUUGUUUCAGGUCGUUACCGACGAAAAGGAAGGAGAAGAAGAAGAAAGUUCCCACGGCGUCGACGACGCCGGCUCGUUUACUUCAGAAGACGUAAACUUCGGUUAAGACGUCUUCGCAGAUGGUCGUUUAAAAUAGGAAAGCGUUCGUACAGAAUACCCAAGCUGCGGCGAAGAUUACUUCUGUACUUCAGACGCAGAUGGGUCAGAAUAAAAUUCAGAAGAAGACGACGAUACAUCUUCUACGGAGGUGCUUGGCGUCCGAUACGUAGAAUCGGCCGUUACUGGAAAGUCCGUAUAUCAAGACGGUUUAUUACCAUUCCACGGUUUACACUGAAGGUUGUGUUCAAUCGUCGCCGUGUAAGAAUCGUGCGUCGUCGUGGGAAAUGGCGGGUGUUCGUCAGGAGGAAAUGGAGGCCAUUGGGAUGCAGGAUCCGGCGUUAUGUCCGCUACAAAGGAAAGCGACGCUGGUUAAAGAGAAGGAGGGGAAAAUGGAGACUGAGGUACGGAAGAAGAUGGAGACCAAUCUCCAGACCGAUCAAAGUUCGACUAAGAAGGCGACGUCGACGUUAUAGAAGGCGUCGAGGAAGGAGAAUAACAAAAAGCAGGAGACGAAGACGGCGACGCAGACGCCGUCGAAUAAGGCGUAGACGGAGAAGGCGUCGAAGAAGACGAUACCGAAAAAGAUGGCGUGUUCGUAGAAUCCGGUUCCGCGGUAAACUCCGACGCGUGAGAGCAUGGAGAAGACAAUGGACUGUGAAAUACGGAAGACGUCGCUACCGUGUCCGAAGACGUGGGGGACGAUCUCGAGUGUACUUUAACAGAGGAUGGAGACCAUUAAAACGAAGGCGUGGCAUUUUGUACUUGAAAUACGGUCGGUCAUGGCUUCGCAUUAGACGAUACGGCUGGAAGUUCCGCGUUAUCUAUCGCGGCCGAAGGUGGCCUGUCUUCACAAGAACUUCCAAGUACCAGGUACGAUUCCGCCGAAAAUGGACAAGCGUGAUACGCCGCGGUAAGAGGAUAUAUUUGCGGUUCCGUAAAAGAUUGAUCCCUGUCAGACGUCGACGUGUCUAUUUCAUGCGUUAUGGAGGACGCAAACUUUUAGUAAAGAGAAAUGGAAGACGGUACCGGAUUAGAUUCCGACAAAAAUGGCUGAGAAGUAAGCGUGUGCGAUAUGGAAGAAAACGUCGCCUGCGAGGUCGAAGGCGAAGAAGAAGACGCCGAAGGCGGCGUCGACGACGAAGACGACGAAGAAGGAGACGAAGGAGAAGACGAAGACGAAGAUGGCGUCGAAGGCGUGGCAGACGAGGAAAACGUAGGAGAUAUAUCCGAUACCGUGGUAGACGACGCCUUGUAAAAAUAAGAAGGAAAUACUUCUUCGGCCUAAAGAGGAAACCUAUCCGUAGGUUCAGGCGAAGGUUAAGGAUUUUAAUCAGGCGAAAAUACAGGAAAAUAAAACGCUUUGGGAGGCGAUGGCGAGUCCGUAUCAGAAGAAAAUGGUGCGGACUUCGAAGAUUCGGUCGAAAGUGGUAUCUGAAAAGAAGACGAAAGUGGAGGAAAGUAAAACGUGUCAGAUUGAUUUGCAAAGUGGGAGGAAAAAGAAUACGAAUCAGACGGCGCAGAAAGGUAUGGUACCUAAGGCGAAAGAAGCGAUGGAUGCGCGUCAGGCGCCGGGUUCGUUGCAGCAUACGCGUCCGACGUAGACGAGUUAGAGUGAAGCUUGUUGGCAGACGUCGUGUGCGAAUAUUCAGGAAAGGCCGUUAUGGUAAAGCGAGGAGGAUCCGUUUCAGACGGCUUUAUGGAAGACGAGGAAGAAGGGCAAGGCCUCUUCCUGUGCACUUUUGUUAUCCUNUAAGACGCGGUCGUCGUAUUAUACGUUUCACAUUUGGACGCCGUAAGUUCCGUAUCGGCCGAUUAACAUCAAGAGUGAAGCUGUACUUCCGAAGGCGAUGGUAUCGCCCCAGACGCCGCGGACGACGGUGGUUUGUACGCAUUGGAAGAAGAACAUGCCGCGUUAUCCAGCGCGGAAGAGGGUGGAUGCUACGUUUUGGAAAACGCUGGGUAACCACGCGGAAGUUUAUGAUACGUGUCAGGCGUCGCUACAGGAAAGUUACACGACGCGGGCGAAGAUUUUACAUCAAGUUCAAAGGCCGUGGUGUGAGGUUCACAUUUAGGCAUUUGCGUUUCUUCAAGUACCGUGGAAAGAGUAUCAAAGUACGGCGAGUAAGACGUGGAAGAAGAAGGUUCUUCAAGUUCCGUUUCAAAGGAUUAUUGUCCAAACGAAGGAUACGCUACAGAAAACGAAGACGACUCAGGCUACGAAACAGAUCCUACGAAAGAAGACGAAGACUAAGGCGGCCUAGGGUGCUGUUCAAGAGGAAAUACCGGAAGCUCAGACGAGGAAGACCCAUAUAUCGUGUAAGAGUUGGCAAACGUUUUAUACUGCUUCGAAAGAUAGGAAGACGUAUGAGAAUUAAGUUCUUGCGCAAAUGGCGACGACUGCAAAACCGUGGAAGCGUUUGGAAAGUAUACGUGGGACGAAGGUGGCAUCGAAUUCAUCGUAAAGGUCGACGUUGGUAUCUACGUUACAAGAAGCGUUUGAGACCACUCCAUCGAAACCAAAGAACUUUCCAGAUCCGUUUUCGCAAAGGUUAUAGGGCCCUGAAGCGUAUUGGGAAACAAUUCUGGGUGCGGCUAGGUAAAAGGUUCCGGCCCAUAAGGCGUCGAUUUACAUGGUUUGCAAAGUACAAGGGUCGAAGAGUUCUUGUGAAGAGGAAAGGAAGACUUGGAUACGUUCGUUGGCGUGGGAAGUGGUUCAGAGGAAGACGGUUACGAUACAGAAGACCAGCUAGACGAGGACGACGUGGACGAAGAAGGCGAAUUCUGAGGAGGCGACGUUUGAGACGGCGGCGAAGACAAAGACGAAGAAGACGAAGACGAAGGAGACGUCGAUUACGUAGGCGAAGGCGAAGACGAAGGCGAAGACAGCGACGAAGAAAACGACAACUUCGACGUUCGUUGAUACGUUUCAGAUAUGCUGGCCGUUUCAGACCGAUUCGUAGAAUUGGGAGAAACUGGAGAUUCCUAUACAGGCGUCGAUGGUGGUUAUUGAGAGAUGGUCAGAUUAAGUUUUAUAGCCCAAGACCGCUAUUGGAGUUUGUCUGGGCAAAAAAUUUAAACGCUGUGUUGUUUUGCUUAUUAGUUAGCGACUUUAAUUCGCAAGCUCAUAAGAGGACGCGGUGUCAAUUCUUCUUUAGAUUCAGCAGAGGAAGAGCAAGAGUUGGUAGGAGAGGGCCUUGGGUGUCCAUUAACAGGAACCUUAAGGUGAAUAUUGGCAAGAGAUGGAGGUACGUGCGCAAAUUGGGCAGAAAACUGAAACUGCGGUUCAUGAAGAGACUCAGACUUUUCAAAUUGGGAAGACGUUUCAGGAUCAAAUACAGACGACGCUGGACGAUCGUAAGAAACCGAAGGCGGUAUAGAAGGUCCAGGAGGAAUAAAGUCAGGCAAAGAAGACGCAGAAGACGAAAAGCAAGAAGGCGACGAAGACGACGGAGGCGACGAAGACGCCGACGAAAAAGGAGAAGAUAUAGGAGGCGACGCCGGCAGAGGCGAAAGCGAAGGAGACGGCCUUCUUGCCGUCUUCGUUUCCGUUAUAGACGACGGUGGAGGAGAGUGAUUCGAAGAAGGGGAAAACUUGUCUUCGUUUACAAAAAAAGAUAUACAAGAUUACGGUAUCGCAGACGCUUCUUGCUCGUAAGGCGCAAAGGAAAAUGGCGUAGAAUCCGAGGGUUACGAAGAAGAUUGAUGCUAAACGUUGGAAGACGUUGGAAAACUGCAAGAGUUCGUCGCGGAAGAUUAUGUAUAAGACGUGGCAGGGGGUAUACGAGGAUAAGACUAUUAAGAGGGCGUAUACUUAAGCGUGUUGGAAGAAAGUGGAGAAGAAUAGUUAGGCCACGAAGACGAAGGAAAUGGAAAAGGAGAAAGCAAAUAAGACGACGUAGAAGACGAAAACAAAGAAGAAGGAGAAGGCGUAAGAGACGACGGAGGCGACGACGAAGGCGACGACGUAGACGUCGACGACGAAGACGCCGAAGACGUCGACGAAGGCGCAGAAAGUUGUCACGGAGACGAAGGCGACCAGUUUGCGUGAUGCGUUACCGGUAUCAUGGUCGUUGGAAACCAGUUAUAAGACGACGUAAGGGUUUCUGCAUCAAGAUACAGGGUAGAUGGAGGCGAUGGAGAAUACGAGGAGGGCGCGUGAAAAUAGGACGAAGAGGACGCUAUCGGCCAGUCAAAAGACGUGUAAAGGUACUUGUUGGUAGAAUUUGGAGGAAACCCAAGGUGUAUGGUAGAACAUUGAGGAUCUUUUACAGACGGAAACGUAGGCUUCUGAGAAUAACAAGAAGGCGAGUGAGGCUCCGCUAUGGACGAGUAUGGAAGAAGAUAACAAUACCACGCAGAUAUCGUAGAAGAUACACAAGAAGACGAAGACUGCGCAGGAGAAAGAGAAGACGACGACGAAGGCGAAGACGUAGAAGGAGGAAACGAAGAAGAAGGAGGCGAAGAAGACAAAGAAGAAGGUCAAGGCACCAGUGUAUAGAAGACGAGGUGGACUGGUGA